CUGUUAUCAUCAAAAAGGGGGAGAUUGUUGUACCUAUGAUUUUGAUGAUUACAAAACACAUUUGAGUGACUAAUUGAUUUAUUUAAGUGUAUAGUUAAAUUGCUAAUAUACUGCAAAGUAAACAAAAUGAGAUUGCAUUAAAAAGGGCUCAAAGGUUGGCCCAGCUUCUGGAACAACUUCUCUGCCACAGGCUUUCCAAAUAAACUUCUCACCACAGAAGUUAAAGCUAAAUAUUUUUAGCUUCUGAAAAGAACUUUUGCAGUUAGAAUAUUUGAGUUUAAUGGAAUUUUACAAAUUUAAAAACACCCAUUGUUAAUCCACUUAAUUUCAUGAUACAAGAUUUCAAGACUAGAUUGACAAAAAGUUCCAGCUAGCCAAACAGGCUCAAAAUAUAUUUGUGUGCUGGACAAAGCUGGCAAUGAUUGAUUUUUGUGGUAUUGCAGGUAAAUUUCAUUUUGCAGCCAAAAUUUUUGAACAUAUGCUUGUUGUGGGCAAACGUCCAUCAAUUCAGACAUAUAAGACUAUGAUCAGUGUGAACGGACAACAUCGAAGGAUGGAUAAGGCAGUGGAAACAUUCAAUAUGGCUCGCAGCUUGGGUCUGACUCUUGAUGAGAAAACAUGAAUGAAUCUCAUUAUCUAUAAUGGGAAGGCUGGUAAUGUUUUCUUUUAUUUCUCUGUGCAAUUUAAGCAGCAAAACUAAUGGGAAAAUUGCUACAGCUCCUCAAGCUUUACUGUAGAACACACGGCUUGUGUUCAAUUUUAAAAUGUAAACAUUAUCAUACCUAAUUUUGGUUUUUUCCAAAUAAAUCACAAACUACUCUGAAGAAUUGAAGGAAAAUCACAUGAAUUCAUCUGAACCCCUUUCCAUUUUCGUUUCUUCCUCUGCCUCUGCCCUUCUCUUGCUGUUAUAACCUUUGUGAUCUUACAAUGCCUCUGCCUUUUUCUUUCCAUUGAAUUUUGGCAUAUUAUAUUCAUAUGAGGAUAUUUUGGUAAUUGUAUGUUUGUGUCUGUGUGAGUAGAUGAUAGCAAGAGACAGUUUAUUUCAUGGUAUAACUUCUUAGAACGGCUUUGCUGGUGAUGAUAAUGAUUUGUUUGAGUUGUUUAUUUAUUAUCUUGAUCUGAGAUAUUUAAAACUUUUUAUUUUGAUUAAUUUGUAUUUAUAGAAGCAUAUGAUUCAAAAAAUUAUGUUGAAAUAGUCCUUAUCAUGGUCUUUAAAGUCAUUCUGCACCAUCUUGGAUUGACUUUGACAAUGAGUGCCCCCACAUUGAAACUCUAGCAAAGUCUCAGUGAAUAUAGUAAGUAAAAGCAUGAUGGACUACUGAUGUAAUUUUAGCUACCAUGAUAUCAAAAAGGUUUCAAAACUUUCCCAUCGCAUUUGGUGCUAUAACUUCAAAUAGUUGAGGUUUUUCUCAUCAUUUGCUUUCAAAAAAAAUGUAAUUGUAGUU